UGAGUGCAGCACAGAAGUUGAUUUCUUGUUUGUGUAUCUGCUGGAUAAUAGGUGAGGUUAAUAUUUCUUUGUUUCCUGCAAUGGCAUCUAACAAGUUUGUUGGAGAUUAUACUGAAGAGCUAACAUGCCCUGUUUGUUUGGAGAUGUUUCAAAAUCCUGUAAUUCUAGAGUGUGGCCACAAUUACUGCCAGAUUUGUAUCGAACAGGCCUGGAAAAAUAAAUCAAGUCUGACUUGCCCAGAAUGUCGAAAGUGGUUUCCAGUCAAGAAGUAUACUGCCAACCGUCUGCUGGAUGCUAUGGUACAGAAAGCUCAAAAGCUGUGUCUGGAGCAAGGGAUGACCACAUUCUGUAAAGAGCACAAGGAAAAACUGACAAUGUUUUGUAAGGAUGAUGAGUUACUAGUCUGUUCCUCCUGUAAGCACUCUCUACCUCAUUUUGGCCACCUUUUUAUGCCACUCUCAGAAGCUGCAGAGGUGUACAAGGAAAAGCUUAGACAAAAGCUAAUGUCUUUGAAAUCUGAACUGAGAGAAAUGCAGGAACAGCAGAAGAGACAGAAGGAUGACCUUCUGAAACUCCAGGACAGUGUCAACAGUUUCGAGCAGCAUAUUUGCUCAGAAUUCAGAAAAAUGCACCAGUACCUCGAAGAUUUGCAAAAAGGUCUGAUUGAGAAACUUAAGGAUGAACAAGCGAUGAUCUUGCAGCAGAAAGAGGAGUGCCAGAUGGGUCUGAAGGAAGAUAUGGAAGAUAUUCAGGAGAAGAUUUUUGAAAUAGAAUCCAGUCUCCAGCAAAAUAAUCCAGUUACUUUACUCAUGAGAAUAACGUCUCUUCUAAACCAACCAUUCCAUGAGGACAAUGUGGCAUUUCAGAGUUUCCAGGGUGGCUAUGGUGAAGAUUGGCAAUAUUCUUUUGAUGAAAUGGACAGAUUUUUGGAUGGCGAUGACUACGAUGAUGAUUAUGAUCAUUAUUAUGAUUGUGAUGAUGAUGACCGUUACUAUCCAGAACUGUUUUCGAACUCUGAAUUUGAAGGUUCAGAUUCGGAGUAUUCUGAAGACCCUGAACCAGCUGCUCUGAGUAUAGAAAUUUAUAAAGGCCCUCUGCAACUCAUUGUGUGGAAAGCUAUGAAGUCCAUCUUCUCACCACUUUUUGUAUCUCCAACUCUGAAUGCUGCUACUGCUCAUCCAAACUUGGUCUUGUUCGACUGCGGUAUGAGUGUGAGAAAUACAAUGAAGAGGCUGUCGGUUCCUUACAGUCCAAAUCGGUUUGAUUGCCUUCCUUGUGCCGUGGCCAGUGAGGGAUUCACCAGUGGCAAACACUACUGGGAAGUGAAUUUGAAAAGCAGUACAAGAUGGGAUAUCGGUAUUGCAAGGAAAUCUGCUCAGCGUAAAGGGUUCAUCACACUGGCACCUGAGAAUGGCUAUUGGGCAGUAUCUCUUAGCAAUGCAAGCAGUUAUGAGGCACUGACGUCUCCCCCAAAACGUCUUUACCUUCAGGAUGAACCUUCCAAGAUUGGAGUGUACCUAGAUUAUGAGGGGGGGCAGCUGUCUUUCUAUGAUGCAAAAACCAUGGCACAUAUCUAUACAUUUACCUGUACCUUUGUAGGGAAACUGUUCCCUUUCCUGGCAUGUUACUUUCGUGGGAAAAAUAGUGACUCAUUGGCUUUUGUUUGGCUGCAUGGUUCUUGCUUUGGUUAAUAUGUAAUUUUGAUGUGCAUUGAUUUUUAGAUCUUUUACUUGUGGACUGCUUUCCCUUUUAUAUACAGGUCCUGUAGUGAAAUGAUGUAGCCUGUUUAUCCUGGGAGGUUGAUAUUUCUAGCCCCUCUUUUCUAAUUUUAACACAUCUAGGGAGAGAAUAUUGCUGAUUAUGGUCUCAAAUGUUUUUACUGCAUCAGGUUUGCUUUCAUCCCGAUAUCUAGUUUAUAGGAAAAUGGAUUUCUCUGUAGAAAGCUUUCUGAAGUUUCAACAAUAAUGCUGAUUUAAUGUUUUCAUCACAGUAGGUAGAUAACCCUGUAAGCAGCAGAUCAGUUUUAAAAAGUGAUUGCAUGAUCAUUGUAGGGUGCACUAACAUAAAAAAACUCUGGGGAGUGUUUGAAUUGUCGAUUUUAAACUAAACCACAUUUCAGUGUAUAAACAGGUGUAUUGUUCCACGUGUUUUCUAACUUCCUAAGCUAUGCAAGACAUUCUUGCUUUGAGUUUUAGCUACACUAAUGUCUAUAAAAUAUUUUGUUACUGGCUGGACCAGGAGUGAGUGAAAAGAUGAAAUAUGUAUUUGUAGUGGCUGUGUAAUGAAAUAAAGAUAUAUCUUAAUGUG